AUGCAAAAGGAAUCGGGAAACCAAUUGAGACAAACUCUCGACGGUAUUCUUCGUCAUAUUCGGGCAUUAGAGUCGCUCCGAGCAAAUACCUGGGAUACAAUUAUUAAUCACUUAAUGAUCGCGAAGUUUGAUUCCGCCACUCGCCGUGAGUGGAGAUCCCACAUAAAGGAUAAGGAAGAUAUCACGGUUGCCAGCUUGACUGAAUUUCUCGAGGAGAGAUGCUCCAUAAUCGAGCCUGAAACAAGCAGAUCAGUUUUGGGAAAGCCACAGGGAAACAAAUCGAUGUCGCAGCAAAGGAAAGUCGACGGUUCAACCGCAUUUGCGAGCACGAGCAAGGAAAAUCGAUCAAUGCGUAAAUGUACAUUUUGCGACGAGGAAUCACACAUGAUGUACGCGUGCAAUAAGUUCAAGAGCUUAACCGUUCCUCAGAGAAUAUCCGCGGUAAACGAACGAAAACUCUGCCGCAAUUGUUUGCGUCCUAAUCACUUCGCGCAAGAUUGUCAAUCGUCUGCGUGCAAGAAUUGCAAUGCUAAGCAUAACACGUUAUUACAUCCGAGCGGCCAUGCCGAAAAGGUGGCAAAUUCAGAAAUCGCGAAUGCGAGUAGCGUUAGCGUUGGGAACGCAAAGCAACAAGAUUCGAGCGUUAAUUGUAAUAGCGUCAGUUUCCCGGUGCAAUCUAGAGUGCUGUUGUCUACGGCCCGCGUAUGGAUUCACGAUGCUUCUGGUAACGCGCAUGAAUGUCGGAAAACGCAUCUGGGAUGGGUCGUGUCGGGAGACGUUGCGUUAGGCGAUCCACCGAGGUCUUAUAUUUGUUGCUUCUCAUCGGAGGCUACGCUUCAUAAUCAAAUCAAGAAAUUUUGGAAGAUCGAGGAAGUUGAGCAUAAAGCCGUUAUGUCGAGCGAUGACGAGAUUUGCGAGCGUCAUUUCAUGGAGACUCAUUGGCGGGACGAUACCGGACGUUUCACCGUAAGCCUUCCUUUUAAAGGCAAUCCCAGCGAAUUGGGAGAAUCCCGCAGCUAUGCUUUGAAGUUAUUUCACAAGCUGGAACAAAGGUUAGAAAAGAACGCGAAGCUUCGAGAGGACUACGUGAAAUUUAUGAACGAAUGCAUCGAGCUCAAUCACAUGUCCGUCAUCAAUUCUGAGCAAGAGGAGCCUGUUGCGGUGUAUUAUAUUCCGCAUCAUCCGGUCGUUAAUCACGAAGGGGGUAAGCUACGUGUGGUAUUCAAUGCUUCGGCGAAGACUUCCUCAGGGAAAUCGUUGAACGACAUACUUCGAGUGGGUCCUAACAUCCAGCAAACUUUAUUCGCAAUCGUAUUGCGUUUUCGACAGCAUCUGUACGUCAUAACGGCGGAUAUUGUAAAAAUGUAUCGCCAAGUAAAUCUCCAGGAGGAUCAAAGGCAUCUUCAACGCAUCCUAUGGAGACCUAGCAUCGACGGGCCCAUUCUGGAUCAUCUACUUCUCACGAUAAUUUAUGGCAACGCAGCGUCGGCGUUUCAGGCCAUACGGUCGUUACAUCAAGCCGCCCACAACGCACGCAAAUCUUAUCCAGCUGCGAGCCAAAUCAUCAUUCGAGACUUCUACGUUGACGAUCUGUUGACCGGUUGCAAUGAUCUCGAUGAGCUGCGAGCGCUCAAGGAUGAACUCAUAUUGGUAUUGAGAGCAGCAUGUUUCGAGUUAUUCAAGUGGAAAUCUAACGAGCCAACUUUAGUUGAAGAAGGCGCCAAAGAUUUUACCAUAAUUGCAGAGGAAGGCCAUCAAGCCAAAACCCUUGGCCUUGGUUGGACACCAAGUAAAGACACGUUCCAAUAUCGUGUUACCGCACACAAUACGAAUUCUCGCGUGACGAAACGCAUAGUGCUGUCGACCGUAUCUCAAAUAUUCGAUCCCCUGGGACUUGUCGGUCCAGCUAUCAUCAAGGCUAAAAUUCUACUACAAAAAUUGUGGCAACUCAACCUGGAGUGGGAUGAAUCGUUGCCAAUCAACCUGCACACCGAAUGGACCGCGUACGUCCAGGAGUUAAGCUCCAUCAAUGACAUUUCCAUACCUCGAGUGAUCGUCUGCAAGGAUCCGGUUCGCAUAGAGCUCCACGGUUUCUCGGAUGCUUCGGAAAGCGCGUAUGGAGCGUGUAUAUAUCUACGCUCAGUUGAUGCCACGGGAAAUGUUACUAUUCGAUUAGUGUGUGCAAAGUUCAAAGUCGCCCCACUAAAGACGCUGUGUGUUGCGCGUCUCGAGUUAUUAGCAGCACUCUUACUCUCGAAAUUAGCGGAUUCAACGACUCAAGCACUUACGAUACCGCUUCCUGAUCGAUUUUAUUGGUGUGAUUCGGAAAUAGUUUUAGCCUGGAUUCAUGGCGAGCCUCACAUCAGGAAGGCUUUUGUGGCGAAUCGACUAACCGAGAUUCACCAAUUAACUUCGCAAGAGCAAUGGAGACACGUCAGAUCUGAGAACAACGCCGCAGAUGUGAUCUCGCGCGGAAUCAGACCUAGUCAGUUGAAGAACUUACGCCUUUGGUGGCACGGAUCCCAAUGGCUACAGCAUCCCGAGGAUUACAUUAACCUGCCUACUCCAAAACCUAAUGGCGAGGUUCCCGAAACCAAGAAAUCUACCGUUUUGGCCACUCAAGUCAUCGAAACGAAUGACAUCCUCAAGAAGUUUUCAUCUUUGUCGAAGCUUAAAAGAGUCAUCGCCUAUUGUUUGCGAUGGAAGGAACGUCCAGAACCUUCGCAGACUCAGCAGAUGUGGCCACUUACGGUGCGUGAGCUUGACCGAGCGAUGGCAGCCAUUCUCCGCAUGGUACAAGCGGAGCGUUUUGGUCGAAAAGUUCUCGAUCUCCAAGCUGAGCAGAGAGUCAGGCACGAUAGUGCUCUCAUUACGCUGCACCCAUUCUUGGAUAGCGACAACCUUAUUCGAGUUGGUGGACGCCUGCGUAACGCCCCGGUAUCCUAUUCACGUCGAUACCCCGUCGUUUUACCGUCCAAUCAUCCCGUUACUACUCUUAUCAUUCGCAAUGCGCAUUAUAAGUUGUUGCAUGCCGGUGCACAAGCGUUGUUGUCGAAUUUACAGGAGUCCUUUUGGAUCCUAUCCGCCAAGUCUGCAGUUCGUAAAGUUCUCCAUAAAUGCAUCGUUUGCUUUCGAUCCCGACCUGUAUCUGCUCAGCAUGUCAUGGGGGAUUUGCCAGAGAGUGACUCCCAAGCGUGCGUUCUUCAACGUCGGGAUUGA